CGUCUUCCGUGUCGCACAGCGAUAAAAAAAAAGUAAAAAUAAAUAAAUAAAAAGUUGUUUAGUAGUUUGUCACAAAAAAGCUGAAACCCCCUGAAAGAGUUCUAAAAUGGAGCUGCAGCUUCCACCUCAUGAAGGAGAAGAGCUCAGUGUGGUGGACAUGCACACUGGAGGAGAACCUCUACGGAUCAUCAUCAGUGGCUACCCAGAGGUCAAAGGUGACACUGUGCUCUCCAAGCGCCGGUACGUCCGUGAACAUCUGGACCACCUCAGGAGGGUGCUGAUGUUUGAGCCACGGGGACACUACGACAUGUACGGGGCCCUGAUGGUGGACAGCGAGCUACCUGAGGCCCACCUGGCCGUGCUGUUCCUGCACAACGAGGGCUACAGCACCAUGUGCGGACACGCCGUCAUCGCACUGGGACGCUUCGCUGUGGACUACAAGCUGGUGAAACAGCCACAGUCACCAGAGACACAAGUGAAUAUCCACUGCCCCUGUGGUCUGGUGAAGGCUUUUGUGGAGUACUCGGAUGGUAAAACAGGAGGAGUGAGGUUUCUGAGCGUGCCAGCGUUUGCAUUUGCAACAGAUGUGGCUGUGAUGGUGGAGGGCUUCGGAGAGGUGACUGUUGACAUCAGCUAUGGAGGAGCUUUUUAUGCCUUCAUUAACGCCCAGCGGUUCGGCCUGGAUGUGACAAAGUCCAGGACUCGAGAUCUUGUGGACGCAGCAGCGGCAGUGACCAAAGCUGUUAAAUCCCAGGUGAAGCUGCAUCACCCAACCAGCAAUGAUCUGGCCUUCCUCUAUGGGACCAUCCUCACAGAUGGCAAAGAUGAUCACUCAGCUGACCCCACCGCUAACAUCUGUGUGUUUGCUGAAGCUCAGGUGGACCGAAGCCCGACAGGUUCAGGUGUCACAGCUCGAGUGGCUCUUCAGUAUCACAAAGGUCUCGUCCAGCUGAACCAGAUCAGGACCUUUCAGAGUGGAGCUACUGGAUCCCAGUUCACAGGAAAAGCUGUCCAUGAGACCACGUGUGGAGACUUCAAGGCCGUUGUGGUGGAAGUGUCUGGCAGAGCUUUUUACACGGGCGUUUCACGCUUUGUGCAGGAGUCAGAAGAUGAGCUGAAACACGGGUUUCUGCUCAAGUGAGCUGCAGUUAAGGGAAACUAAAUAUCACAGACAGGAAGGACUCUAGAACUUUUCUUUUUUCAGUCUUAAAUAGUCAGCGGGAUUUGAAAGAAUACAUCACAUUUGAGUUCUGUUGACGGUUAAAUUGACAAAAAAAGGGAAAUUCAUAGCCGAAAGGAUUCAUUUAAUAACACCAAGCAUAGUAUUUUCAGUCUUUUCCAUUUGCUAUACCCAAAAUGACCACUGGAUGGAGCCCUGAUCUUCUUCUAAACCACUAACCCUAAAAGUUGUAUUUUGUUAUCUAAAUAAAUCACAAUCAACUCUG